GCAGCGGCACAGUGUAUACCACCUAGUCCUGAUUAAAGUUACAUCGUAAUAUCAAAGAGCGAAGCAGUUGUAAACAAGAUAUUACUGUGCCAUACAUGACUUUUACUGAAUUUACUGCAUGAUUUCUGAAGAAUGUCGAAGUUAUACGGAUUUGUAUACGGUUUGCUGUGUGUUUGUCUGUGGUGUUUUGAACCGUUAUCAACCUAUCCAAUGUUUCCGGCUGUACCUUACAUGACCAUACCCCAAAUGUUUGUGGGACGGAGGCUAAACUUCCCCAAUCCCCCGAUAUACGCUGACUUGGCGUCAGCAAACCGGGUGCUGCACUUCGAUGACUACCGCCUGACGGAGUUCUACACCAGCAACGGCGAAACGUCCGACACCACAUCCAUUCCGCAGAUCCCCUGUGAACAGCAGAACAGCAACGGCCAAACCGGCUUCUGUAUCGCCCGCAAUGACCUGUCCGUCUGUUCCGGCGGCAUCGUGGGGGAAUCACCGGUCUGUACCGGCGGCACCGGCACGGUCGGCAAGAAUGACUUGUGCUGUGUGUUCCCGUCGGAUGACGCCUCCAGCAACGAGGUUACCAACAACUCCAAGGGCAAACGGGGCUUCAAGCUGGCGGACAUUGGGGUGCUGAACAACGGGGUGCAUCCCAAGUUCCUGCCGAAACCCGCAUAAUGAUAGCUGGUGUAUCACGGCCGUAAUUUGUAUGCGGUCUGGUGUAACAAAAUACAAAGCGUACAGUUUUGAAAACAACGGUCUGUUUUUGUGGCCAAUCGCGGUUUUUGUUUGUACUGUACGUGGUCGUGCUGCAUCUACAUGUUUAUGUUAAUAGCAGCAGAUCCAUACUACGGCUCGUAUAAAAAACCAAGCUUGCUCUUGACCUAGAUUUGUUUUAUUGCGUGUCUCGUGAACGCGUACUGUACAUUGA